CAACAACAUCCACGUAUGAAACCCAGUCUACAGGAUAAUGUUACGAAACCCAGUCUACAGGAUAAUGUUAUGAAACCCAGUCUACAGGAUAAUGCUAUGAAACCCAGUCUACAGGAUAAUGUUACGAAACCCAGUCUACAGGAUAAUGCUAUGAAACCCAGUCUACAGGAUAAUGCUAUGAAACCCAGUCUACAGGAUAAUGCUAUGAAACCCAGUCUACAGGAUAAUGUUAUGAAACCCAGUCUACAGGAUAAUGUUACGAAACCCAGUCUACAGGAUAAUGUUAUGAAUCCCAGUCUACAGGAUAAUGCUAUGAAACCCAGUCUACAGGAUAAUGUUAUGAAACCCAGUCUACAGGAUAAUGUUACGAAACCCAGUCUACAGGAUAAUGUUAUGAAACCCAGUCUACAGGAUAAUGUUACGAAACCCAGUCUACAGGAUAAUGUUAUGAAUCCCAGUCUACAGGAUAAUGCUAUGAAACCCAGUCUACAGGAUAAUGUUAUGAAACCCAGUCUACAGGAUGUUAUGAAACCCAGUCUACAGGAUAAUGCUAUGAAACCCAGUCUACAGGAUAAUGUUAUGAAACCCAGUCUACAGGAUAAUGCUAUGAAACCCAGUCUACAGGAUAAUGCUAUGAAACCCAGUCUACAGGAUAAUGUUAUGAAACCCAGUCUACAGGAUAAUGUUACGAAACCCAGUCUACAGGAUAAUGUUAUGAAUCCCAGUCUACAGGAUAAUGCUAUGAAACCCAGUCUACAGGAUAAUGUUAUGAAACCCAGUCUACAGGAUGUUAUGAAACCCAGUCUACAGGAUAAUGCUAUGAAACCCAGUCUACAGGAUAAUGCUAUGAAACCCAGUCUACAGGAUAAUGCUAUGAAACCCAGUCUACAGGAUAAUGCUAUGAAACCCAGCCUACAGGAUAAUGUUAUGAAACCCAGCCUACAGGAUAAUGUUAUGAAACCCAGUCUACAGGAUAAUGCUAUGAAACCGAGUCUACAGGAUAAUGCUAUGAAACCCAGUCUACAGGAUAAUGCUAUGAAACCCAGUCUACAGGAUAAUGCUAUGAAACCCAGUCUACAGGAUAAUGCUAUGAAACCCAGUCUACAGGAUGUUAUGAAACCCAGUCUACAUGAUAAUGCUAAGAAACCCAGUCUACAGAAUAAUGUUACGAAACCCAGUCUACAGGAUAAUGUUAUGAAACCCAGUCUACAAGAUAAUGUUACGAAUCCCAGUCUACAGGAUAAUGUUAUGAAACCCAGUCUACAGGAUAAUGUUACGAAACCCAGUCAAUAGGAUAAUGUUAUGAAACCCAGUCUACAAGAUAAUGUUACGAAACCCAGUCUACAGGAUAAUGUUAUGAAACCCAGUCUACAGGAUAAUGCUAUGAAACCCAGUCUACAGGAUAAUGCUAUGAAACCCAGCCUACAGGAUAAUGUUAAAAAACCCAGUCUACAGGAUAAUGUUACGAAUCCCAGUCUACAGGAUAAUGUUAUGAAACCCAGUCUACAGGAUAAUGUUAUGAAACCCAGUCUACAGGAUAAUGUAAACCGAAAGGUUGCACAACUGAUGUCGAAGAAAGUCUUAUCUGACUUCACAUAUUGUGCUGCUUUAAAACCACUCUAAGAACUACAGUCCUCCACUGUUAUUAACUAACCUGAAUAAACCCCUCUAUAGUCUGUUAUUAACUAACCUGAAUAAACCCCUCUAUAGUCUGUUAUUAACUAACCUGAAUAAACCCCUCUAUAGU